AUGCGUUUCCAGAUUGCUUCCUCGCUGGCCCUGUUGGCCUCCGUUACGGCCGUUGUUGCGGAUGACAUCAUCAACGUCUAUUUGCCCGACACUGAUGAUGUUGGUCUCGCCGGAAAAGUGAUUGGAACUACUGGUGGUAGUCUCACCACUCUUGUUCUGGGCUGUGCUUCCACGACUUCCUCUGCUAGCGCUGCUACUGCCACCUCCGAUGAUGAUGAUGACGACGACAGUAGCUGCGACAUUGAGGACGACACCUACACCCUCACGGUAGGCAGCUCCACCUACGGCAUGGGCUUGUCUUACCGCGGAACUACAUACUCCCAAGGCUGUACUCGCACUGGUACCACCUACUUGAGCUGCACCACCAGCGCCAGCGACUCCGAAGGCCCCAGCUCCUCCUCCGCCAUCUACACCACUCCCCUGACCGCCAUUCCUAUCACCAUCACCGGUUCUGCCUCUGCCUCCGCUACUGGCUCCUCAUCCGGUGCCGCCGCCACUGCCACCGCCUCCGGCACUGGCUCUGCUUCAGGCAAGUCCACUGACUCUUCGUCCGCCAAGUCGACUUCCGGCUCCUCCGAUGCCUCCGGCUCCAGCACCGCUGCUGCUAGUGCUAGCGCCAGCAGCACCGAUAACGGUGCCCUGCCCUUGGCCACUGGCAGCUGGGUUGCCGGAGGUGCCGCCAUGAUGCUGGCCUUGGCCAUGGCUUAA